UAUGGACACAGACCCACCGGCCGGCUCCUCUUCAGGUCGCCUCCUGCAGGUUCAUCGUUGUCGAGUUGUAAACUACUCUCCGGCAGGUAUUGUAAGUCUAGCGGUGACCCCCGAAGCGACCAAAUCCGAACCGCACACGGGGAAGCGCCGUGUGGUGUUGGCCUGUGCAAGAAGCAAUGGAGACGUAGAAUUGUGGAAUCCAAAGGGGCAGGGUUGGUUCUUGGAAAGGACAAUCCCCGGGUCACCAAAUUCUGCGGUAGAAACUGUGUUGUGGAUUCACCAGACCGCCAUUGAUCCCGAAACGACAAAUGACAGCGACUUUGAUUCCCAGGAAGAGCGUGCUGCUUAUGUUCGGGCCCUUCGUGCUGCUCCACCAAGACUUAUCACUGCAGGCCUGGAUGGCCGUAUCGUGGAAUGGGAUACGAUUUCGCUGCGUCCCCGCCAGAUUGCCGAGCCCGGAGGUGGGGCUGUGUGGUGCGUUGCCGUAAAUCAGUCACAUACACGAUUGGCAGUUGGAUGUGAGGAUGGUCACGUUCGAAUCCUGGAUGUCACCGACGGUAGAUUGGAAUUUACCAAACUGCUUGAAAAGGCUCCUACCAGAAUACUGUCCAUUGCAUGGCAUCCUGCUGGCCAGUACGUUGUGGUCGGCGGCGCCGAUAGCAGUAUCAGGAAGAUAGAUGUGCGGACUGGACAAAUAGUACAAAGGUUGACCACGGAUACGCUACCGGGCGAAGAGACGAUUGUAUGGGACCUAAAAGUGCUGCAGGAUAGUACCAUCAUCAGUGGUGACUCCAUGGGCAAAGUCACAUUCUGGGACUGGAAGUCAGGAACACCUGUCAGAUCUGUGAAGGCGCAUGGUGCUGACGUGUUGUGUUUGGUAGCUAAUAAGGCGGGGACAAAAGUCUGGAGUUCGGGCGUUGAUCGUAAAGUCGUGCAAAUCAGUCUGAUCGAGCUUGGAUCCACCGCACCUGUCGCCAAGUCACCAGCACGCGAGGGAAAAAAGAACAUAUCAAAACAUUCUAAGCAAAGUGGAAGUAAGAAUUGGGUGGUAUCUGGGGAAAAGCGUUAUCACUCGCAUGAUGUACGCGCACUCUCACUGCUUGAGGGACGACCGUACGAUGCGCUUGUCUCUGGUGGGGUGGAUAGCACCCUAGUGGUCUCAAGCCCCCUUACCGAGUUCCCUUAUUUGAAGCAAUACCGCAUGCCAACCUUUCCUCACCGUCCCAUUAUCCAAAUAACGCGAAGGACCAGAUUCCUCCUUGCCCGCUUCUCAGAUCAUGUUAAACUCUGGCAACUUGGGCGUGCCCUCCCCCUGCAGCGUCCGCCAAGCGCGUUGGACAACUACGAAAGACUUGAACACCAACCUGAAAAGCUCCUUCUCAACAUCAAACCAAAGUGCGCAACGAAUCUCACGUCUAGCGCAAUAUCUGAAAAUGGGCACUGGAUCGCUGUGUCGGAUAUGCAAUCCGUAAAGUUGUUUAGAGUUCAAACAAGCGGUCACAACGGCUUGCCUCGCGUUCGAAGAGCCAAGACCUUUCCGUCUUCUGCAGAAGGUCCUAUUCGAGGCGCACACGCACUGUGCUUCACUCCCGAUUCAAUGCGGCUGAUUGUUGCUGGCUCCGAUUCGGUGGUCUACGUGGUGGAUCUUAGUCAAAGUCGCGACGACAUUUUCGGGAUCGUAAAGACAUUUGAGGCACACCGGGGCGACGAGGCCAGCGAGAUGGAGGUGCAAGCGGAUGGUGAUGCCAUGGAUGUAGAUGGAGAUAGUGUACCAACCAACAGUGCAGGAAAGUUGGUGACAGGGGGAGAAAGGGAAAUGGUUGCAACCCUGGCAGUAAGCGGAGAUGGACAAUGGCUCGCCAGUGGAGAUUUAUUGAAUCGCAUCCAUGUUUUUAACCUCGAUUCUUUAAAGCAUCACGCAACACUACCCAUAUUCUCAUCCCUCCACACAUCGCUCACAUUCCAUCCGUCAUCACCCACUCUUAUCGUCACAUGUACAUCUAAUGAAUUUUUCCUCUACGACUGCGAGGAAGCCACCUUGACAGAUUGGUCACGCGAAUAUUCCCAUAGACUACCCUACCGAUGGCUUCAAAGAAAAGAAGUCGUGAUGGGUGUCGGGUUUGACCCAAAACGGCCAGCAGUGGUGACUCUGUGGGGAGCUACGCAUCUCUGCUUUGUGGAUCUAGAAAAACCAAUGGGACCACGGGACGCAGUGAUAUCUGUGCGACGUCGAAAGCUGUUACAGUAUCGCGCAAAGAAGUUACACGGCGGUUCCCAAAAGAUUCCCAAAGCUGCAGAUGACGUUAGCGCUGCGAUGGAUAAAGGCAUGGUGGAUCACGAACUAGCUGAGCUUGAGCGGCGAGAAUUUGAGAAGCGACGCAAAGCUGCUGCACGAGAGAUUGCCAAAGCAGCCAACGGACUUACCAACGGUGUCGGUAAAAAGAACCAAAACAAAGACACGACAAGCUCCGACGAUGAGGAAGAAGACGAAAGUCAGCACGCGGUUGAAAACGGUGUUAUCCUCAUUGAUAGCGGAAGUGAGCAUGACGAAAGUGGCGACUUGGAGGAGGAGGACGAAGGAGACGGCAUACCCAUUGUCAAUGGCAUAGAUCACGACAACGACACGCAGGCAACAGCUCGAGCAGGCACGAAACGACAGCACAGCGAUUCAAACGGCAAAGUAAGCGGGCCAACCAAACUCGCUGCUAAUACUUUCAGCGAGAGUUUCCAAAUGGAGCAUCGGUAUAGUCCAUUGAUGGGGUUGGGCUAUGUGGGUGACAAUGAAUUGGUCGUAGUGGAGCGACCUGUUCUCAGCGUCCUUCAGAGUUUGGGUGUUGGAGGAUACUACAAGCACAAGUAUGGUACUUAGGAUGAUGAGGAGAUUGUUUACAGCAUGUAGAUUAACAGAUUUGGCUAUUUUUUUGAUACUCUGCGUUGAGGCUGUUGAAUUUUUUUUUGUUUUUCUCUCGAGGAGUAGGAGGGACAGGGCUUUGUUUAUUAUUUUUAUUCAAUACAAUGUGAAUAACUUACACGCAUGCAAACA